AUGAAGAAACUUGCUAAAAUAUUCUCAACAUUAUUAUUAUUAAACUUCCUUUCAAAUUCUAAAGCUGAUUUACUCGGCGAUUUACUAGGCGGUUUAACAGGCGGUUUACUUGGCGGUGUCGGCAACACACUUAAUCAACUCUUAGAUCAUCUUAAAAGUCUUUUAAAUGGAAUUUUGGAUUUGACCCAACAAGAACUAUUGAAACUUGUAGAUGUUUUAAAAUUACUAAAAAGCAUGGGCAUAGAAGUAACUGAUGAGAAGCUCAAGCUAACUGCUCAAAAUGUAGUUAUAAUUAAUGGACUAACUAAUGGAAUUUGGGAAGCUAAAUUGGGGUUCUUCAGUCUUUUACCAGACGAGGAUCAGAAGAAACUUUGUGGGGUAUUUGAUAUUGAAAUUGAAAAUAUAGCUGGAAGGAAUACAUCUGAAGUUAACACAGGAGAAAGGAGUAAAAGACAAACAACACAAGCAAACUGCAACUACGAAACGGAAUUUGAUGUUCGAGAUAAAUGGCCAAAAUGUUCUUCUUUCAUCAAUCAUGUAGAAAAUCAAGGGCUAUGCGGUAGUUGCUGGGCUAUUUCAGCUUCUUCCGUCUACACUGAUCGACGUUGUAUUGAACUUGAUAAAAAGGGUCUAAGCACACCCAAUAAUGCUUCUUUUACAUAUUCAUCCUUUGAUGUGCUCUCUUGUUCACCUGAGAAGGGAUGUUCUGGUGGUUGGCCUCACAAAGCGUGGGAUUCGAUAAAAGACAAUGGAAUUUGUACAGGAACUGAUUUCGAUAGGAAUACUGGAUGUAAACCUUAUCCGUUUAAACCUACAGAAAGAUACCCUAUCCUUAAAAGUUGCAAAAAAUCUUGUACCAACACAUAUUGGGGAGUACCUUAUGAUACUGAUAGAAGGAAUUAUGUAACAUCUACUAGUAUGAUAAAAGGAGAACAGGCUAUCAAAGAGGAACUUGAUAAAAAUGGACCUGUAGUUGCUUGCUUUUCUGUCUAUAAGGAUUUUUAUUCUCACGCAGAUGGAUCUGAUGGAGUUUACUUUCAUGUUUGGGGUGAUUAUGAUAGAUCUCACGCUGUUGUUAUCGUUGGAUAUGGAACUGCCUCUUGUGGUUAUGAGAAAAUACCUUAUUGGAUUAUACGAAAUUCUUGGGGUACUAAUUCGACUGGUAAAGGUUUUCUCAAAUUUCGUCGUGGAAAUAAUGAAUGUGGAAUUGAACAAACUGUUUCUUUUGGAAUUCCCAAAAUUAAUUGAAUGAGCAUUUAUUUU